GCUAAUGCAGUUGCUUAAAUGGGAAAUAGCUCAAAUAAUUACCCAAUCAAAAUAUCCAAUUAGGUGCGUUUAGCUCAGUAAGCGCAGAAUUUCACUCAAAUUUUCCCCCUCAAAUGUACCAAUUGGAAUUGCCCUUUCAAACGUCACUCAAAUUAGAAACCACUCAAAAAACUCGCUUUUCCAAUUGAAUGCGCGCCGCGCACUGUUGGGAAAUUUGUUCUUAACAUCACAGAUCAAUGGGACGUUUCACUCAUGCUGUUGCUGCUGUUGUUGGUGGUGGUUGCUUUUCGGUCUGGAGUUUGGGUUCUCGACACACUUUUUGGGCAACUCACCCACCAGUCUCCGCUGCACCAUCAAACGAACCACUUCGCGUGCGGCAAUGUGAACCAACUGCGCAACGUUUCCAACUUCCCUAACUAUCAAUCAGUGUGUGUGCGUGCGUGUGUGUGUGUAUGUGUGUGCGUCUGUUUGUGUUUCAUGUGUGUGCGUGCGUGUGCGUGUGUACGAGUGGAGCUCGAAAAUGACUGAUUUCUCAAUGAAUGAAAUCCUCAGAUCAUUUAGAAAAAUGCGCAUGCAACGGUGUUCUGGCCAAGGCAGUCAUUUGGUAACCCAACACAAUCAUCAUCAUCAUCAUCACCAACAUCUCCACCACCACCACCACCAUCAUCAUCAUCAAACGCAGCAGCAACAACAGCAGCAGCCCCCAACAUCAACAGGGCAACAGUCCAAAGACCUGAAAAAAAUUAUCAAAAUUUUAAAGAAAAACGUCAUCAAGGCGAAAAUUACGCGCAAAAUGAAAAUCGUUGUUUAAGAAAAACGGAGAAAAGUGCAAAUUAAAAUAUUUAUUUACCCAAUGAUCAAUAAAAAAA